AUGGUGUGGAUCCAUGGUGGUGGCUUUAUUUUUGGUGGCGCUUCCAUACAUGAGGGUUCGAUAUUAUCUGCCUCCCAGAAUGUGGUAGUGGUCAACAUCCAGUAUAGGCUGGGCAUCCUUGGGUUCUUCAGCACUGGGGAUGAGCAUGCACCUGGCAACUGGGGUUACCUGGAUCAGGUGGCUGCCCUGAGGUGGGUCCAGAAGAACAUUGCCCACUUUGGAGGAGAUCCUGGUUGUGUGACCAUCUUUGGCUAGUCAGCAGGGGGGAUAAGUGUUUCUUCACAUGUUCUGUCCCCCAUGUCCAAAGGCUUGUUCCACAGAGCAAUCAUGGAGAGCGGUGUGGCCAUCCUCCCUGGCUUGAUUUCUUCCAGCUCAGAAAUGGUUAUGAACAUCAUUGCCAAUCUGUCUGCUUGUGAUGCACACAAUUCUGCCUCCAUGGUUCAGUGCCUUAGGAGCAAAUCUGAGGAAGAGAUCCUGGCCAUUGUGAAGCAUUUUUGGAUAUUCUCUGGUGUAGUUGAUGGGCAGUUCCUCCCCAAACAUCCUGAAGAGUUGCUGGCUGCAGGCGAGUUCCACCACAUCCCUUCCAUCAUUGGUGUCAACAACCAUGAAUAUGGCUGGAAUCUUCCUGUGGGAUCAAACAUUGCUGGAUUUAAGGGGAAAAUGCAUAAAGAAACAAUCCAAUCUACGUUGAAAAGUCCAUUUUUGGGUCUUUCUCCUGAGUUUGGGCAUUUGAUGAUGGAAGAAUAUUUAAGAGACACUGAGGACCCGGGAGAAUUUCGAGCUCAAUUCCAGGAUAUGAUGGGGGAUUUCCUUGUUAUUCCUUCCCUCAAAGUGGCCAAAUAUCAACACAGUCCCAGCUCUCCAGUCUAUGUUUGUGAAUUUCAGCACCGACCAAGCGUACUUAAGGAUGCCAAACCGGAUUUCGUGAAGGCAGACCAUGGCGAUGAAAUACAUUUUGUCUUUGGACUACCUUAUUUAGGCGAGGCAACAGAAGAGGAAAAACUCCUGAGCCACAGGAUAAUGAGCUACUGGGCAAACUUUGCCCGUCACGGGGACCCAAAUGGUGCAGACCUUAUUCACUGGCCAGUCUAUGACCAGAAGGAAGAGUACUUGCAGCUGAAUUUGCAGCUGUCUGUGGGAAAGAGCCUGAGGAAGGAUAAGUGGAAAUUCUGGACCAAGACCUUGCCUGAGAAGAUGAAGCGAUCACAGCCAGAAAAUGUCCGGGUGGAGUUGUGA